GGAAACCGAGCGCUUUUCGGCCGCAAUGGAACUUGCGGCGCCAGAAGUGACCAGGGAGAAUCUAGAUGGGACGAAGCUGCUGCUGCAGAACCCGACAUCAAAAUUUACCGGGGCCCCCAGGUCGCCCCUGGAUCGCGAGACCGCGCUACAUGAGCGCCACCUCCUGGCGCGGCCGGAACAACCAGCCCCCGAGGAAAAAUUGCUGGACCGGCAGUACUUAUGUAGGUCAGGCUCUGGCCCCGAGGAAGAAGCCUUUGCCAAGACCGGUGAUCCUGCAGUCUCCAAAGCUUUCAAGUGCAGGAAUUGUGGGCUGGCUGUACCCAGCCUCUCUGACCUCAUUCACCAUCAAAGCAGCCAUGGGUGUGACCGACCUUACAGCUGUCCAGAGUGUGACAAAAGCUUCCGGCGUGGCUCAGAUCUGGUUAAGCAUUACAGAGUUCACACUGGUGAAAAGCCAUACCCCUGCCCAGAAUGUGGCCGUUGCUUCAGCCUCAGCUCUAAUCUCACUAAACACCGGCGUUCUCACUCAGGUCUCCGGCCUCAUAAGUGCAUGGAGUGCGGAGAGGCCUUUGGUCGCAGUGCAGACCUGGCAAAACACCAGCGGGUGCACACUGGGGAAAAGCCCUAUGCUUGUGCUGAGUGUGGUAAGACUUUCAGGGUUAGCUCCAACCUGAUCCAGCACCAGCGUACUCACACUGGUGAGAAACCCUACCGCUGUGGCCUCUGUGGCAAGAGUUUCAGCCUGAGCUCCAACCUUUUACAGCACCAGCGCUGUCACACAGGUGAGAAACCCUACUUCUGUGCCUGGUGUGGAGACAGCUUUGGACGAAGUUCCUAUCUGCUGGAACACCAGCGGUCACACACUGGUGAGAAGCCCUACAAUUGUUGUGAGUGUGGCAAGAACUUCACCAACAGCUCAAACUGCCUACGGCACCAGCGCACUCACAAUGGAGAACCGCCCUUCAGAUGUCUUGAAUGUGGUCGUGGUUUUAGUGAGAUCACCAUGUUCACUGAACACCAACGCAUCCACUUGAGCAAAUGACCUUUCCAGAUUGUGACAAAAAUCUUACACCACAGCUCCAUCAAUGUUCACACACAGGCAAGAAACCCUAGAAGUUUCCUGGUUGCAGCUAGUAUUUUGUGAACAACAUCAGCAUAUGCACACAGGCAAAAGCCUUACAUUUGCAGGAAGUUUGCUAAGAGCUUCAGUCAGAUUUCCCCCCAUAAUUCUUAAACUUGUCUAGCACCAAUGGAUGUUCCAAGAUAAGAGCUUCUGCAGUUAUCCCUGGCUUCAGUUUUAGUCCAAACUUUGUCUCUGGAUUUGGUUCAGUCCUGAGAAGCCUGAUGGGGCUAGGGUUUUGGUUUUUUUGUUUUUGGUUUUGUUUUGUUUUGUUUUGUUGUAAGCAGACCUCUUUUCUGCAUCCCUAAGGUGACUUAAUUAUUAAGGGCCAAUAAUAGGGCUCACAAAUGGCAUCUGGGUUGAGGAGCCACAAGCUAGACAGACAGCACUAGACCUGUAGAGGCAGGCAAAAGCCUUACAUUUACAGGAAGUUUGCCAAGAGCUUCUGUCAGAUUUCCCACUUGCUCUUCUACCAGGUGACCCACAUUAGCAAGAAGACCUCCAUCUACCUUCAGAGAAACAAGGUUUAAACACACACACACACAUAUGCACACACAAAAGUCCUGUUCUCUGAGAUUUUCACUCAGAAUCUCCAUUACCUAGAGGGAAGUUUUUAGACAUCCAAAACCAUAUAGCUCUUGCCCCAGCCUGAGACAGGCUAACCAUAACAAAAGCAACAACUACUUUUUCUCAGGAGGAAGAGGAUUACAAAGUCUGUGAGGACUACAGUAGCCAGAGGUUGGAGGAGGACCAGAUGGGAUGAUAAACGGGUAUGUCCUGGCAAAAGGACCGGAGAAUUUGACCUUGGGAUUGUUACAUAAACUCUGGGUAUAGGAUCCCAUUCAAGGAACUCUUCACCACUUAUUAAAUAUCUUUACUGUUUACACUAGGGUGGUGGAGACUGAGGUAGAAACAAAGAAAUAGACGUUGAGUUCAGGAUAUUUUAUGGUAUUUCUAGGCAAGGGCGAAGGCCCAAGAUUUGUCAUCUGGUUCUUUUCUAGUCUUCAAUCCCUUUCCUUAAAAAUCCCCCUGCCAU